ACAGAACUUUAACUCAGGAACUUAAACUCACGUUUUUUUAUUAACAAUAAUGCCCAAAAGUCAGUAGUAAGUCCCAGUCACCCCAGCCCGGUGAAUGGAGAAAUGAAGGAUGUUUUGUUUUCAUGGUCUCCCGGAAAGACAGGCUCCUACUCUAGACCUACGGCUGCAGUGAUCCAGCGGUGGAGAAGGUCGUCCAGCCAGGCCUGGGCAGCAACGUGAUUGUUAGAGAUGAUGCAAAGUGGCUGCCAUGGGGGAUCUAAAGGAGACUGAUUCUCGAAGCUCAGUGACUCUGCCCUGUGCACCUCCUGAUUCUGUCUCAGCAGCAGGUCACACUAGCCAUUGGCAGUGAGCAAAAGAAAGGAGUUGUCACUUGAAGAAGUUGUCAGUUGUGACAUCCGGGAGUCCAAGCUCUCCUUUGAGGAGCCUAGAUUCUGAGCACUGGGACUAAGCUCUCCCUGGUUCCUGGGGUGCAGGUCACCACUCACUGUUGGUCUGGGUUAGCAUUCAAGGGGGACCUGAACCAGUCUAUUAGUAGGAGGCAAACUCUAUUCAGACCAGUACGGGGUUGAGAUGAGGGCAAAGUUAGGGGGCAGAAGGAAAGAACUUAGCAGAUCUGGGGAGGGGGGCUGUGGUUUACGGGUGUGUCUCUGAAAGGCCAGGCAUGCUGGGAGUGUCAGCCAGGUGAUCAGCUUAGAGGGAUGAUCUGGAUUAAUCCUCAUAAUCCCAGAGGUUAGGACUCAGCCUCACCCCCAAUCCUAUCCCAGAAGAUCAUCCUUUUUUGAGGACUGAUGCAGCCAUUUAUCCCUCUUUAGCCUGAUUUCUAAAUGCUCAGAGCAACCAUUAAAACAUUUUUAAAAUGAGCAUUUGCAACAUGCAGAAAAGUAAAGUUCAAAGACUAAUGUAACAAACGUGUGCACACCAGACUGUUCAUAUCGUUUGAUUUUUCAUGGGAUACCGGGGAGCGAACCUUGGACCUAGUGCAUGGUAGGCAAGUGCCCUCCUACCCAGCCAUUCUUAAACUUUACUUUGAAACAAAUUGUAUAUUCUUAUUAAUUCUUUGAGAAUUUCAUACAAUGUAUUUUGAUUCUGUUUCCUUCCCCCAGUCCUCCCGUGUCCACCCUCUUCACGCUCACCUCACUACUCCCAGCUUUGAGUUGUCUUUCUUCAUUUCUUAUUUUUUUAAUCGAGUCCAUUUUGUAUUGCGCUCCUACCCUCGGGAGCCGGGCCUGUCCUGGAGUGUGGUUGGCCUACCAGGGGGUCACAUCACUAAAGAAAACUGAAUUUCUCUCUCCCAGAAGUAAUUCUGGUUUUUACAGCUGUAUUUUACAUUUGCUUGUUUGGAGGCGCACGGGCAUCCUGUACAUCUCCAUCUGUGCAGCACGCGUGUGAAGUGCCAGGAGUGGAGUUACAGAGGGCUGUGAGCUGCCAUGUCCGUUCUGGGGUUGAACCCCGGUCUCCUGGAAGAGCAGCCAGUGAUCUCAUUCACUAAGCCAUCUCUCUGGGACAAUUACUAUCCUGCCGAAUUUGAUUCUGAGGCAGAUUCCCAGCCUCUCUGGAUAGGGACCUACAAAGGGCCAGGGACCCCACUCAACGCCACAGUGCUGGUGGCCACACUGCGUUACAAAAAGCUGCGACAGCCCCUCAACUACAUUCUGGUCAACGUAUCCCUCGGGGGCUUCCUCUUCUGCAUCUUCUCCGUCUUCACCGUCUUCAUCGCCAGCUGCCACGGAUACUUCCUCUUUGGACGCCAUGUUUGUGCUCUGGAGGCCUUCUUGGGCUCUGUAGCAGGUCUAGUGACAGGAUGGUCACUGGCUUUCUUGGCUUUCGAGCGCUACAUUGUCAUCUGUAAGCCCUUUGGCAACGUCCGCUUCAACUCCAAGCAUGCACUGAUGGUGGUCUUGACCACGUGGACCAUUGGUAUCGGCGUGUCCAUCCCACCCUUCUUUGGCUGGAGCAGGUUCAUCCCCGAAGGCCUGCAGUGCUCCUGCGGCCCGGACUGGUACACGGUGGGCACCAAGUAUGGAAGCGAGUACUACACCUGGUUCCUGUUAGUGUUCUGUUUCAUCGUGCCGCUUUCCCUCAUCUGCUUCUCCUACUCGCAGUUGCUGAGGACUCUCAGAGCUGUGGCAGCUCAGCAGCAAGAGUCAUCGACGACCCAGAAGGCUGAGCGGGAGGUGAGCCACAUGGUGGUGGUGAUGGUGGGAUCCUUCUGUCUCUGCUACGUGCCCUAUGCUGCCCUGGCCAUGUACAUGGUCAACAACCGUAACCACGGGCUGGAUUUACGGCUCGUCACCAUCCCUGCCUUCUUCUCCAAGAGCUCAUGUGUCUACAAUCCCAUCAUCUACUGCUUCAUGAAUAAGCAGUUCCGGGCUUGCAUCCUGGAGAUGGUGUGCAGAAAGCCCAUGACAGACGAAUCCGACAUGCCUGGCUCUCAGAAAACCGAAGUCUCUACUGUCUCUUCCAGCAAAGUUGGCCCUCACUAAGGACCCUCAACUGGCCUGCUGGCAACACAUUUAGUUUCUACCUUCUCCAUUUAAACCCUAACGCAGGGAAAGGUGGGAAGGGAGCAGUAGCACUCCGGCAGUCAGUCUCAUUUCCUGUUGCUGACUUCCUGCCAGCGAGGUUGCUGUUGCCGUUGCCAUGCGGGCCAUUUCAACAGUCACGGUUUCUACUCCUAAGGGGCACUUCACUCCUGGAGAACUCUAAGAGAAAGGGCUGCUUCUGGUAUAUGGGUGACACUUUCCUUUUCAGUCAUUUUUCUUCUCCCUUGCUGUAAGGUUGGGGCAGUGGGAAAAAGGCAGCGACCACCAAGCACCUACAGGGAAUUGAAAAGAACUUACCUAUGCGGUGUCUCCUAGCUGCUGCAGCCUAGGCUGUGGCGGCCAUGGCCGGAGCUGCCUCUGCUCCCUCAUCUCAGACAGAAUUAUUCUAGGCGUUCUCCUCCACUUGGCUAAAUGAAUGUAUCCACUUAAAGCUGUGCAUUGAUUAAAGUUAGCACUUUAAUCCUGUGACGUCCUCAAAAUGAGUUUGCAUGUCUCAGUACCAUUUAUAAAUCAAACUCAAGUGCUAAAAACAUUUUACCUUACCCUCUUCCUACACCUGCUGCUCCUGGAAAAAUGAGCUCCUUUGAAAUGAAAA